AUGACAUCCACACCAGACAUAACAUCAGUUGUGAUAGAGAACGGCUCACACACCACAAGAGCUGGCUUUUCCACAGAGACAUUACCUUCAUUAAUCUUCCCAACCGUGUAUUCUCAAGAUCCAAACACUUCAAAAUAUCAAUUUGAUGAUAAUAUCCAACAGGAUAGUGAAACAUUUACAAUUGUUAAUGAAGGAAUAGUAUACAACUGGGAUGCAUUGGAACAAAACUGGGCACAAAUUUUCGAAAAUUUACAAGUUGAUCCAAAAGAAUUCCCAUUAGUUAUAACUGAAGAACUAUGGAAUAACAAAAAAAAUAGAUUAAAGUUAUCUGAAAUUGCUUUUGAAAAAUUCAAUGUUCCAGUGUUCACAAUUUUGAAAUCACCAAUCGCUAUCACUUAUGGUUUAGGAAGAUCAACUUCCCUAGUUAUUGAUAUUGGUAGCUCAAAGACUAGUAUCACACCGAUCGUGGAUGGUACAAUCUUGUAUAAAGGUGCUGUUCAUUCAAAAUUUGCAGGUGAUUUCUUGAAUCUACACAUUUUAAAGUAUUUGGAAACUAAGACAGGGUUUGAUUAUGUUAAAGGUACAGAAUCUUUCAAGACUUUCCAAAUAAACAAUAUCUUGAAUGAUUUUAAAUCAACCAUAAUUUCAGUUUCAAAUUACCCAAUUGUUAAUGCAAGUGCUGAUUUUUCGAUAGGUGCUAAAUCAUAUCAAUUACCUGAUGGUAAAUCCAUUGAAAUAGGUAAGGAACAAGUCUUAUUAGCUGAACCUCUAUUCCAUCCAUUAUCUUAUCAAUUACCAGGCGUUGAAUUAUCUAAAGAAUCACUAGGAUUGACAGAAUUAAUCCUCAGUGCAUUGAAGAAGUUGGAUGUUACACAAGAUAUUUAUACAAGUUUAUUAAACAAUAUUGUCUUGACUGGUGGUACUUCAUUAUUACCAGGUUUGGAAAACAGAUUGAUAAGUGAUCUAUCAAGAUUCUUGACAACUUUCAACAUUCAAAGUUUCUCGAAUCCAAAUCUAAUUGAAAGAAAUAAUGCCGUUUGGAUUGGUGCUGGUGUUCUUGCCUCCAUGAAUAGCUUUGAGAACCACUACAUCACCAACCAGGAAUACAAAGAACAUGGUGAAUCUGUGGUUAAUGAGAAAUUUAAAUAA